AUGGCACCCAAAAAGAAGGAGAAAGAGGCCAAAGCCGCUCAGGCUCCAAAGACAUUUCAGCUCCCAGAACCUGACAGGCAGCUUCAAGUCUCAGUGCCCCCUGUACUUCCACCGGAGCUGGAGGAAGACGAGGGUCUCGGCUUGGUAGCUUUGCCCAGAAAGCUUCAGCUGCAACACAUCACGUUGCUCAGCCACCCAGUGCGCAUUAGCGCCAUAGACAACUUCUUCACAGAGGAAGAAUGUCAUGGCUGGAUCACCUGGGGUGAGAAGCAUGGUUUUGACGAAGCAAAACAGAAGCAAAACUCCACCUAUGCACACCGCAACAAUGGACGCAUAGAGUUCUUUUGCAUGGACACGGCCUACCAGAUUUGGUUGCGCAUGAAGGGCUUCGUGCCAGAGACCGUGGGGGGUCGCCGUGCUUUGGGUUGCUCUCCGCGGAUCCGGGUCUAUCGAUACGUGAAAGGACAAAGGUUUGGACAGCACGUCGAUGGCAGCCGUGAUGAGCCUGAGCUUGGUGGGCGUACCCAUUUUACGGUGCUGGUUUACCUGAAUGGUGGAGACAGAGACAGGGAGGUGCAGGUGAAGGGUGGCGAGACUGUGUUUUGGAAGGACCAUGAUGGGAAGCGUCCUGCAUUGGCGUUUCCACCGACCCGUGGAGUUUGUCUUUUUCACGGCCAUGGAGAUGAGUGCAUGACGCACGAAGGUGCCGGAGUGGAAGAUGGUGUGAAAUACGUCCUUCGCACAGACGUUGUUUACGAACUUGAAAGCUAA